AUGGCAGCAGGUCGUAAUAUCGUGGGAGCAGAUGUAUUCGAUCAAAAUUUAGAGCACGUGGCAUUAUUAUCCAAUGAAUUAUUGCCUAGUGAAUACUUUACUGGUGGUCUAGCUGAAUUUUGUCACCAUGCAGCAUACCAUUGUGAUAUACAUUCUAUUUCUAUGCCAAUAAUUCUGCUAAAUGUAGCGGCGACAAGUACCGAGAAAAAUGGAAUAUGGAGAUCCAAUACAGAAAGAUUCCCAUUGAAUUUAUACAGCCUUCUUGUAGGCAAUAGUUCUUUUGGCAAAUCAAAGCUGUUGCGGCUUAUUUCACAUGGACUUCAUGUAAUAAUUAAAAGUCUUCCACACAAAUUUCAAUCCAGCUCAGAUAACUUGAACAAUAAUUUUCCUGUUUAUAAUGAUGCCACGUGUGCAGGAAUAAUAGCUUCAGUUAAUGGUUGUACUCGAGUAUUAAUAUCAGAAGAAGCUGAUGUAUUAUUGCCAUCAAUUGGCGCGGUUUUACCAUCGCCAUUCAUAAAUAAGGAUGUGCCUGCAGUAAAAUCGGAAGCACGUGUUGAAAUGAUGAAAAUGUUCGACGGCGAUUUUCAUAUGAGAAAACUGAAAGGAGGCAUUUGUAAAAUUGACAGCUUUAAACAUUCUUUUAUAGGGGCGAGUAGUGGAGGAAUCAUUGUAACAGCAUUACAGCGAAAAGCCAAUGGUUCUCAGGUUGAUGCGUUUUUUGAACGUCUAAUGAUUUGGUACUUACGACCACCACCAUUGAUGUUUGUGCCAGAGAGUGAAAAGAAAACGCCGGAGAUGCAAAAAUUUCCAUCUUUUGAAGAAUUUUGUAUUAUACUAGGAUUAUUCGAAAAUUUGGAAUUAUUUUAUGAUAAUGAUAGUGAUAGGAGGAUGGUCGAUUUUGGGAAUCAGUACAUAGCACUUGCAUAUAAACAAACUGACCGAUAUCUGAUGGCAAAAAUUGGAAAAACUGUGCAGCUAAAUCAUCGAUUAGUUGGUUUGAUUCAAGUGCUGGAGUGGAGCUGGAAAAUUGCUGCUGAGUAUUUACGAAUAUAUGGUUGUUUUACAUCAAGUAUUUCUGAAGAUUUUAUAUCAAGUGUACGUCAAAUUUUUAAGGAUUUGUACGGUGAAUAUAAUGAUGAUAAACGUGGUUUCAUGAUAUCCAUGGUAUCUGUUGAACAUGGUAUUAAUAUUUCGCAAGCUCUUUUGGAACAAUACAAGAUAAUCAUGCGUUUACCUGAUGAUCCUGUUCGUGGUGCAACAUCAAACAAUAAUAAUUUACAGUCAAAUACAACGGAAAAUUUCAGCAUGAAUAUUAAAUUGGAAAAAUCGAAACUGAAAUUUAGUGAACAUGUUCGUGGCAUCUUGUUAUUCAAGUCAGUAAUGUUUACAUCCACGACAUUAUAUAAAUCCUGUUCAGUAUUUCGACAUCAUUCAGAAAAUGUUAACUCGGUUUUGCAAGAAUUAGCCAAACGUGGUCUUAUUAUAGAAUUUAAAAAUGGUGUUGUUUCUGCAACGAAAAAGGCAACAGUAUAUGUUAAAUGGUUUCCGAAUAUAAAUGAUACGGUGGAAUGUCAACGUUUUGAGCAGUUGUUAGGAGAAUUUAACGAUGAUCAACUUAGUUCAACCUCAGUUGUUAGUUGUACAACUACUGUAUCAUUAUCACCACAUAAAGCUGCUCCGAAAGCAGCUGUUUUGAAUUAUUUAAAGAUUAGUCGAUAUGCUCGAUUAAAUCUUGAUUUCACUGGACAUACUAUUGUAUUAGAAAAUUCUCUUGAUGCUGGUGCAGUUGAUGAAGAUUCUAAUUGUAGUAGCGUUCUACUUGAAGGUUCAAUAAAAGCAAAUGAGUUACCAAUAGCUGAAGUAUUUUGUGGUUAUGAAAAGAACGUAAUAAACUCAACAAAUUCGUCUAGUGCUGAUGACAAAGUCACACAUGAAGAACCUAUGAUUAUGUCAAAUACCAUUGCUAAUAGGAGUACCACUAUUCAAGAAAGUGUACAUAUUACUGAUAAUUCGCAUUGCAGUCCAGUUGAUUUCUUGUCAGAGCAAAUAUUGACGCAUGUUGUGCAAGCCAGUGAUGGUGGCAGCUGUUCGUCAAAGAGAAAAAUUAGUGAACGAGUUCAAGAAUUAAAUGAUGAUGAUGUUCCACUUCGAAUACGGAUUCGUUCUGUUCGCGAUGGUAUUGGUCAUUAA